CUCCCAACGCCAUCUCGAAUCGUCAACGACGAGAAAAUACCGAUGGAAAAACGCACUCCUCGGUUUAUUCUCAGGUUUUUCAAGUGUUAAUUAGUUUAUUAAUUAGUGUCAGUGAUUUAUCCUCCGCUCACAGAAUUAAUUGUUGUUUUAGGGGAGGAUAUAAUUGAGAAUGGCUCGACCACUCAAUUUUUUCAUUCAAAUCCGUAAUUAUAAGGGGCAGAAACCCCCAAAAUUCUGGGGUAAAGAUAAGAAAGUGUAUGAAAAAGUCACUUAUUAUCCGAGACAUCCAGGUCAGGUAGAUCCCCCGAUAGCUCCGACAAAACUGCUUGUUAUCCAGCGAGUGAAACCGUACGCUGGAAAUCCUUACUGGCACAAAGCAAUUCUCGAUCAGUUACACUUGAACGAGAAGAAGAGUGACAUAACAAUUGUCAAGAAUAUACCAGAGAUAUGCGCCCAGUUGUGGAAGGUGAAACAUCUCAUCAAGGUGACACCUCUGAAUCAGCCUGGUAAACUUCCAGAGGACAACGACAUUCAUGCCACUUGGCUCAUGGAGAAUGGAGAUCUCUUGCUCACUCCCAGGGUUGAUCCAGUCAGGGAACAGUUAACCAUGGAUCACGUUCGAAAUCCUAAACGUCUAGAUGGAGAAACCCUGUCCUUUGAGCUGAGAAUGAGAUGGUUGAAUCCCUGGGACACAUGAUUUAGGAACUAUUUUGGAAUCGAGAGAACCGAGUGCUGAUUUUUUAUGUCAAUUCAUUGAAAUCAUUUAUAUGGAUUAAUGUGUAUAUAGCCUAAGGAGAGAACAUAAAGAAACGAUUGAGACAA